AGCAAAAUGGGCAAUAUUUUGGAACAAGUAGUACAAGAGGCUUCUUGCUGCGGAUGAAAUAACGAAGAGCUUGAAAAGCCUAACAUUGUGGUAAAGAGACCUGGCAAGAGUAAGAGGGCUAACCAGUCAAAAGAUAGUUUAAAUCAACCCUCUUUUCACUCUUCUAAAGUUUGAAGCAAACUCGACUUGCAAAAUGUAAAUAAAUGCACUCAUCAGAAGGAAGACUCAUUCUUCUUAAGGGCUUCUAGUAUUUCAACUAUCAAUGCAACAAACAUGAAAGAAUCUCUAGUAUCCCCAGAUGUUUGUUCGACCCCUGCUAAGGUGAACCAAGUCAAGUGAAUGAGUUUCAGAUCAAAGAGUACAAAGGAGAUUUUACAUAAGAGUGAGCAAAAAGAUCCUAUAAAGAUGAUCGAACUUGAUCCUGCUCAGGCCAGGAUGCUUCAGAAGAACAAUUCCAUGCAGGUUAUAAGUACUAGCAGGCAAGAUAGACUCAGAUUCUCAAGUAUUAUCACUGAAAGCCCGAAGUUUUAUCAUGAUCCACAAAUUAAGAGGCCCAAAGGGAGAUCAGUAGACGAGAAGCUUCAGAUCUGCUCCUUCCAAGAAGACAAUCCUUUCGGGUUUACCCCCUAUGACUCAGGCAAAUUGUUGGGAAAUUAUGGCUUCAACGAUACAGUGGUGAAGACCCUAUCUGAAGUCAUGGAGGAGCCAUAGAGAUAUAUGUGAAUUUUUACAAAUAGA